GAAGCAGAGGCAGUGAUUGGUGGGCACACUGGAAUUAUAAGGGGAGGGUGAUCCGGACUGAAGCUUCCCAAAGAGCAGCCGGCCUCAGAUCAGGCACUGCGGGACGCGCGCAAGUCUCUGGAGUCAAGACAGUCCUCCUCCUCCGUCCUUCGCCAUGCAUCCAACCAGACUCACAGCUCGGCAGUGACAAGUGCUUCCAAAGUGGCGAGUGUUUCACAGUUUGAGCGAGCGGACUGUUUGUGCGCAAAAAGCGAAGUCGAGGAGAAACUGUGCGAAUUUUUCACCGUCUUCUUUUUCCUCUCUUCGCUGGGAGCUAAAAGCAGGCGGAGUUGAGGGUUUCUGGAGGGAUUUAUUAUUAUUAUUAUUAUAAUUUAAAGAGGAAUAUUAUUUUGGUCCAAACCUUUUUACCACCGACAUGGAGUACACGUCAUCCCCGAAACCACAGCUCUCAUCCCGGGCAAACGCUUUCUCCAUAGCCGCCCUGAUGUCCAGUGGGAAGCCCAAUAAGGACAAAGAGACGGAGGAGAACACCAUCAAGCCUCUCGAGCAGUUCGUGGAGAAGUCGUCCUGUAACCAGCAGUCUCUGGCUGACCUGUCCUCUAUGGACGGGCACGGGGACUUCAGCGGGAGCGCGCCAGCGGUGUGCACGGAGCCGCUCAUCCCCACCAAUCCCGGCAUCCCCAGCGAGGAGAUGGCGAAGAUAUCGUGCAGCCUGGAGACCAAAGAGCUGUGGGACAAAUUUCACGAGCUCGGCACCGAGAUGAUCAUCACCAAGUCUGGAAGGAGGAUGUUCCCCACCAUCCGGGUCUCUUUCUCCGGGGUGGACCAGGACUCUAAGUACAUCGUGUUGAUGGACAUCGUCCCGGUGGACAACAAGCGGUACCGGUACGCCUACCACCGCUCCUCCUGGCUGGUGGCCGGCAAGGCCGACCCUCCUCUGCCCGCCAGGCUGUACGUCCACCCGGACUCACCGUUCACCGGAGAGCAGCUGAUGAAACAGAUGGUUUCCUUCGAGAAAGUCAAACUGACAAACAACGAACUGGACCAACACGGACAUAUCAUCCUCAACUCCAUGCACAAGUACCAGCCGCGGGUCCACAUCAUCAAGAAGAAAGACCACACCGCCUCACUGCUCAACCUCAAGUCUGAGGAGUUUCGCACCUUCGUCUUCGUCGAGACCGUCUUCACUGCCGUCACGGCCUAUCAGAACCAGCUGAUAACCAAACUCAAGAUCGACAGUAACCCGUUUGCCAAAGGUUUCCGGGACUCCUCACGGCUGACGGACAUGGAGAGGGAAAGUGUUGAGAAUCUGAUCCACAAGCACUCAUACGCCCGGUCGCCGAUCCGAACCUACACUGGCGAUGAGGAGAACCUGGGUGAGGACGGACACCCUACACACACCAGAGGCUCAGCGUUCACUGCCUCAGACAACCUCUCUCUGAGCUCCUGGGUCACCACCACCUCAGGCUUCUCGGGCUUCCAGCACCCUCAGUCCCUGACAGCCAUGGGUACCGGCACCGCCUCCCUGCCCCACCCCAUCCAGGGCUCGCUGCCCCCCUACAGCCGGCUGGGCAUGCCGCUGACGCCCACCGCUCUGGCUGGGACCAUGCAGGGCAGUGGGCCGUCCUUCCCGUCCUUCCACAUGCCCCGCUAUCACCACUACUUCCAACAGGGCCCCUACGCCGCCAUCCAGGGACUGCGCCACUCCUCCACGGUCAUGACACCCUUCGUAUGACUCCGUCGUGGGGAGGAGACAGCCGAACCUCACUCUAACAUUCACCUCCAAUCCAGUGCAGCAAGUUACUUCUCCACGCUGGCUCAUCACUCCUCAUCCAGUUUGUAUCUUUUCCCCUGGUCUUUGUAAAUAGUUCACCUCAGAGAGCGAGGUGAUGGUGAAGAGGAUGUGGCUUACUGAAAGCUAAUCCAGAAAAAAAGACAAACUGAAAGAUCCCUCAGGACCUGUGGAAACACCAGCAGGUCCGGGGUUUCUACAAACUCUUUGGUGACAUUGUACAAACUACAAAAGCUAAUGCAAGACGAUAAAGGGAGCAUGUUUGAACUUGGCCCUUGAAGAACAGUGGAUCCUCAAGUCAUUUUAACAAUAUUUAGAAGACCCUGUCUUCCUCUAAACAUUUAACAGUCACUUCUGGCUACAGGGUCUCCACCAAAGCUUUAAAGAUGGCAGGUUGCUGUGUGAUCCUUCAACAGUGCAACCUAAAGUGAUGCGUUUUGGAGAGACUCGAAUGACGCUACAGUAUGUUGGACAGCGAGGCUCAGUCUGAGUCUGUGAACAUUUCAGCAUAUCAUAGAGGCAGAACAGCCAUCUCAGCUUUUCUGUGUUUUCUAGAAAGCCAGCCAUAUGUACAGUCCUCCUCGCGCUGUUGAAAAUAAUAUGUUGAAAUGCAUUGUACAAAGAUGAAAAUGCUACAUUUACUCAUAGUAAAAUCCUCACUGUAGAGUGCAAAAAAAGAGAAAACUAAUCAUAGGACGCAUGCUGAUCGCAGUAGACAAACACACUGGGUAAACUUUAUAUGGAAUAAUAUGGGAUGAAUAAGCUCACCUGCAACAGAGGGUGAAGGAUUUUUGCUUAUAUUAAAGGCCCUGUCAAACCAGCAAUUAAAACAGCAAACCUCUGCAGAAAGAUCAGUUCAUUUCAAUGGACUCAGUCUUUGGAUUUCUGCGAAGUCUGAGCGAAAUUUUGCAUUUGUGGCCUGCAAAUUCCCACUGUCGACCACUAGCAAAUCAUCUACAGGCAGAUUGAGGGAACUGGGAGCAAGAAAUUAUAGCUUACUACUGUAGCUUACUGGCUGUGUUGCACCAUAAGCUUUUAUUUUACCUCUUCUGUUGCUAGUGAGAUCGCACAGACCGUUAGCAAAGCUCACUAGCCAUUUCCUAACCUUUCAGAACUAUUUUUUGAAUGAAAUGUUGUACUGUUGUUAUUCUGACAACAAAAUGAAAGAACAAAGAUAUUAGAAGAAUUUUUAUGACAGACUAUUUCUAGUAUAUUCUCAGCUUGCCAGCAUAUUAGCCAUUAGCUAAGCCUCUAACGAAGAUUGCUGUGUCAAUUUCUGGUGUGACCGGGCCUUAACUAAGAGGAAUUCGACCACCUACUGUGUAGAGCUCACAAACACUCUUUUUAAGAUAGUCAUAUUUUAAUUCAGUAUUUCAAGUGUGUAAGACUGCCCACAAAUGUAGCCCUUAUCAGUCUGUUUCCAUGCAGAGGAAAACAAACAUUUGAACUCACUGGUUGUGCAUUGUAAUCUGUUUUAUGUCAGAACACACAGAAAUAUUUGAAGGGUAACAACAGUUUGAUUUUGUACGUCUCCAUCGUAAACAGCAUCUUAUUUAGAAACAUCACGUUCAACUCCACUGUGUUUUCUGCUGCCGACUGUUGACUGCAGCCUUUUAGCAGCUAGUCUUUAGCAGAUGUUGCCGAGCUGAUUCAUGGCUGUGUCAGAGCCGUGUCGACAGGGCGUCCACACCUGGAAAUAAUGGCUCUCUGCUGUUUCAUUCAGAGCAAGCUGCAGGAGUUGCCUCUCACACUCUAAAGUAAUCAAAGUUGUUUAUUUGAAAAUUUAUAAAGAAUUACAACUAUGAGCAGCACAAGUGAGAUAGUCCAACCUGGAGUGACAAUGCUGCUGCUUUUAGGUGCAGAUAGAUUUUCAAUCCAGAAGCUCCACAGCAAAAUUCUUCAUUUUGACAGGCAUUUGUUGUUCAUGAGUCUGAGUUAGACUGAUAGACUGGAUAAUAAGCCACAAUAUUUUAAAAAAUAAUUUAGUAACCAUGUCUCUAUUGCAUAAUUUGUCCUACAGAGAACACUGACAAGAUAAUUUUUCAACUGUAACAUUCUUUUAGAGCUGUAAUUACUAAUCAUUAUGUCUACAAAAUGUCCCAUAAUACCAAUAAUAAUUUCACUCAGCCGUCCACAAUGUAAAAAUAUUAAGUUUACUAUCAUUUAUGACAGAAGAGCAGAAAAUUCUCACAUUUGAGAACCAGUGAACCUUUGGCAUUUUUGGAUGAAAAACUAAAAAGAUUAAUAGAUUAUUAAUUGGCUGUUAGUCAACUAAUUGAGUAACUGACUUCUCCUUUCAGCUCAUUGAAACAUUGAAAGUUGAAGGAUCCUUAUCAAAUAUGUUUGUUAUGCAUUUAAUCAUCUUGGCUUUUUAAACCCUAAAAUACAAGUAUCGGCCUAAAAAAUCCAGUUUCAUUGAAAAGUGCAGCUGGAUUUGUUUGACCUGUUUCCAAUACAGAUUACCUACAGACUCUAUUUAACAGAUAUUUCUUGAUUCCAGUGCAGCGAUCUCUACAGUUCUCGUUUUAUGAUACAGACACUAAUUUCUCAAAAAUUACUGACACAAGUUGAAGCAUUUUGGAAAGAUGUUGAAGUAAUGAAAUAAUCCUACCACACUGGCAGUUUUUACUGGAAAAUGUGACUUUUAAGAAGACAGUGAUUAACAAAAUUACUGGUUCAGAUGGGGAUUUUUUUGCAGUGAGUCUGUCACAUUUUGUCGAAAUCAUGAAAGCACCAGUGUUAGGUUCAUUCAGUGUGUAGUGGAUGAAGGUGACUAGUGCUGUUCUAUGGAGGCUUCAAACAAAUGUGCAAAAGUCAUGAAUGAGCUGGUUACACAAACACUGUAAAUGUCCCGGUUUACAUCACAUGAAGCCUGUUGCUGUGGAAUACAGACAUAAAGGUUCUGUUCUGACCCCUUUGGAAUCAUUAAUGUACAAGCAGUUAAUUUUAUCUCAUCUUUUACUUUGGAAAUCAAACCUUGGUCCUUUUCUGAUGUACAGCCUGAACUGAAAGUUGUUUUCCAUCCUUCUAAAUAUACAACACUUUUCUUCUCUUCCAACCAUACGCACAUUCCCGACUUACCACUGAAAAUAAUCUUUUUUUAGAAAAUGUUUAGUUUCCUUUUGUAUACCAUAAUCUGAAUACGACACCGAACGAGAUUGUGUUUUGAUGAUUUUUAAGUGCAAUAUAUUUAUUUUGCUCUCUGGAAAUAAUGUGUAAUGUACUAUGCCGCAUUAAAAAAAAAUAGUUAUUUGUAAACCUUGAGAAAUAUA